AUUAACGGCCCAGAUACGAUCAACCUUUGGAAACCCUAAUCAUCAAACAUUAAAACCUAAAAGGAUAAGCCGCAAGCUACUUCUCUUUUUGUUCUUCAAUCUUGAGCUCUUCUUCUUCUUCUUCGUUCCUGCAGAUUUCUCGCUAUACGAUUCUGUGAAGAUGUUCUCGGCUCAGAACAAGAUCAAGAAGGACAAGAAUGCCUCUCCAACAGAGUGCGAGGAGCAAGUUGCUCAGGCUCUGUUUGAUUUGGAGAACACCAACCAGGAGUUGAAGAGCGAGUUGAAAGAUCUUUACAUCAACCAAGCUGUUAACAUGGACAUUGCUGGAAACCGCAAGGCUAUUGUGAUCUACGUCCCAUUCAGAUUGAGGAAAGCUUUCCGCAAGAUUCACCCCCGUCUCGUCAGAGAGCUUGAGAAGAAGUUUAGUGGAAAGGAUGUUAUCUUUGUUGCGACAAGAAGGAUCAUGCGUCCACCAAAGAAGGGUGCUGCUGUUCAGAGGCCACGCAACAGAACGCUAACCUCUGUUCAUGAAGCAAUGCUCGAGGAUGUCGCUUACCCUGCUGAGAUCGUUGGGAAACGCACUCGUUACCGUCUUGAUGGUUCCAAGAUCAUGAAGGUGUAUUUGGAGGCCAAGGAGAGGAACAACACAGAGUACAAGCUCGAGUCUAUGAUGGGUGUGUACCGUAAACUUACUGGAAAGGAUGUCACUUUCGAGUACCCUGUUGAAGCUUGAAGUUGAUGGUGAAGAAUCACAUCAGGAUAGAGGAGAGCGAGAGCUUUUGAUUCUGUUUUGUGGUGUUUAGGAUGAAGUAAACUCUGUUUUGGUUCCUUAUUCAUAUUACAAAAGACUAGUUUAUGUACUUUUCAAUUUUGAGACCUAUAAGCUUCAGUGUUUCAAGCUCAAA